AUGAAUAACUUCGUCUUGGGAUUGCAAAUCUCACGGACAUUCGAUGCCAUCUGGGUGAUUGUGGAUCGGUUGACUAAGUCAGCACAUUUCUUGGCCAUCAAGAAGACAGAUGGAGCUGCUGUUUUGGCUAGGAAGUUUGUGCGAGAGAUUGUGAGGCUGCAUGGAGUGCCAGCUAGUAUUGUGUCAGACCGUGAUCCCAGAUUCACUUCAGAGUUUUGGAGGGCGUUUCAGGCAGAGAUGGGCACUAAGGUGCAUCUGAGUACAGCUUAUCAUCCGCAGACAUAUGGUCAGUCAGAGAGGACUAUUCAGACUUUGGAGGAUUUGCUGAGGAUGUGUGUGUUGGAUUGGGGUGGCCAUUGGGCAGAUCACCUGAGCUUAGUUGAGUUUGCAUACAACAACAGCUUUCAGGCGAGUAUUGGCAUGGCUCCAUUUGAGGCUUUGUAUGGGAGGCCAUGUAGGACACCCCUAUGCUGGACCCAAGUGGGGGAGCGCAGCAUGUAUGGAGCUACUUAUGUUCAGGAGACGACAGAGAAGGUUCGUGUUGUGAGGCUGAACAUGAAGGAGGCUCAGGAUAGGCAGAAGAGUUAUGCAGAUAGACGCAGACGAGAGCUUGAGUUUCAGGUUGGAGAUAGAGUUUAUCUCAAGAUGGCUAUGUUGAGGGGUCCUAACAGAUCCAUAGCAGAGAACAAGCUGAGUUUUUCAUGUGUCGAUGCUGAGGAAGUGUCUUCACCUACAGAGGAGUUAGUGGCUAGGAUUCCAGAGGAUCUUCAGCCAGAUUUGACAGUGCCGCAGUGCCUGAGGAUUUUAGAGAGGAGGGAAAAGGUUCUGAGGAACAAGAGGAUUCCCUUACUGAGGAUUUUGUGGGAUUGCAGUGGUUCUACAGAGGAGACUUGGGAGCCAGAGGCAAAGAUGAAGUUGAAGUUCAGGAAGUGGUUCGACAAGCAGGUCGAGGAGUGA